CAAUGCAAUAUUCAUUUAAUCAUGAUCUGUUAAUUCUCUCUUUAAAACCAGAAAAGUGCACAACUCAUUAUGUGGCCAUUGGUCUGACAUUGACUGGACUGCUGAUAUCUGUGUGUUUCAAUGUUGUAUUCUAUUUAUUAAGGAGAAAGAAAAAAAUAUAUUCAGCUAAUGAAAACAUGUUGGAAUAUAGAGAUGAGCCAUUACGUCAAGAUUCACUUCGGUCUUACAGGUUUGAGGAUGAUGAGAUGGAAAGACAGGAAAAUCCCAUUUAUGGAAAUAUCUGUUUAGAUGGUGGAGAACCUUUUGAAAUGUCUCCGGAGGUGUGCUAUGAACAAAUGUCCCAUGCAAACACAGCAAAGCAGCAAUUAAAGGUCCAGCAGGGGGACGUGUCCUAUGCCUCUCUGGAUCUGACUGCCAAUAAAAAGCGUAGGAAGAAGAGAAAAUACCACAAACAGGCUCAAACUCACCAAGCCCAGAGACAUCCUCAACCUGCAUGCCAGCAGGACUGCAUGGAUGAGGAGGACGAGGCUGAUGUCAUCCUCCCGUCCCGGAGCAGCAGCCUCAUGGUUUCACGUGAUAGCAUCUACCUCAACAGUCAUCAAGUAGCCCUGGAGGCAGAAGAGAGGGAGAGGGAGAGGGAGAGGGAGAGGGAGAGGGAGAGGGAGAGGGAGAGGGAGAGAGUAAAAGAGGAGGAUAUGGAAAGAGAAAGAGAUGAUAAUGCAGCUAUAGAGUUUGAGAUGCACAGAAAUGUGCAUGAAGACUUUGAUUACUCCCUCAGUAGAUCAAGACAAAGUCUAGAACAGGACAGUUAACAGUUUUAGA